GUAAAGCAGAAAGAAAAGAGAUGGCAAAGAACUUCAACUCUGUCAGCUUCACCAUUAUUGUGCUUGUCCUCAUGAUGGCUUCUACCGGAAUCCUCAAGACCAAGGCUCUGCCUGGGGUGGAGUGCCCAGUUGGAAGUGGAUGCCUUGUCCCCUCUACGCGUGUGUUCUCACAAGAGUGCGGGCCGGAGCCGUUCCUAGGUACAGAUUUGGAUUGUUGUGCAUGUUGCACUGCCACAUACGGCUCUCCUCCAGUCUGUUUUGCGGUUGUUGAGGGAACCGAUCUGCACUGCCAUUGUUACCAAAAGAAGCCUUGAUAUCACAUAAUUACCAAGUGUUACUUUUGUAUCCAUUCAGUAUGAGAACAUGACGUGUGUAUGUUUAUGUUCAAGUUUCUUUUGCUUCCAAAUAAAAUAUCAAGGGCAAAGCUUGUCAC